AGCCUGUGGGCUAAGGAAGAAGAGGAGGAGGAAGGGGCUCUCGUCUGAAACGCUACCAUUCCAUUGCACAUGUUUUCCUCCAACAACCAGCGAGAGUCCUCUACGGCUUAACCUGCUCCAGCAAAAGUGAGAGAUGGGAAGGAGGAGGGAGAACAUGGAUUACUAUCCACAUUCAGCAUCACAUUACAUAACCAACAACAACACAGAGACAAGAGAGAAUGGGGGGAUGCUAUUAAUGGUUGGAAGCCAUAGUGACAUUGAAAACGGCUUUCUCUGCACAUCACCAGUUACCUGAUGAGAGACUAUUUGAGUGCCCAUCGCUCUCGGUUCGGAGACACGGGCAAUUUCGAUUCAAUUACGAAAGUGACCAAUGGCGGAAACAGCAAACAAAAAAACUCUAGUCGACCUUCUGUCUGUGCUCUUGGCUUUCAACCAAGAUCUAAAUAAACCGGCCGUUAAUGCUCUAAUGGAGAUGAUGCAACAGGAACACACAUCCAUGCUGCUAAUGAGCAAGUAGCAUUACAGGGGGAGACUUGUGGAAGAUGCUGUGGCGAUAUCGCCGAAAGCAACAUUGGUGAGUCACGAGAACUGAAAUGGCUUCCUCUCAGAUCCACCUAAAAAUCCUCCCCAGUGUUCGCUGUCUGGCAGACAGACUUGUUCAAAUGAGAGUGGAGGGUCUCGCUCCCCACAAACCAGUAGAAUUAAGGUCCAGGCUGGUUGAUGACAAAGGGGUAGUUUUCAAAGCGUCUGCCCUCUACAAAGCUGAUGAAACGGGCCUGGUAGACGUGAGCAGCGCCCCUUCUCUGGGAGGGAGCUACACCGGAGUGGAGCCCAUGGGUUUGCUGUGGUCCAUGGCGCCAGAGACUCCACACAGCAAAGUUGUGAAGAAGAAUGUGCUGAGCCCGACCCUAGUUGAGAUAGCGGCACACAACGGCGACACUGGAGAACUCCUUGCCUGUGAAACCAAUGAGAGAGGAUACAUGAUGGAGGGCAUGAAGAGAAUUCCUGUGCAAGAGGGAAGAGUGCGAGGAGUCCUGUUCAUCCCUCCAGGAAAGGGUCCAUUCCCUGGAAUUGUGGAUUUAUAUACCUUAGGUGGAGGCCUCAAUGAGCAGAGAGCCAGCCUCUUGGCAAACAAAGGUUUUGUUGUGCUGGCGCUGGCCUAUUAUGGGUAUCAGGAUUUACCCAAAAAACCCAAGAACUUGGAUUUGGAAUAUUUUGAAGAGGCUGCAGUCUAUUUACAGAAUCAUCCAGAGGUUCAAGGUCCCGGCAUAGGCGUCAUAUCAAUGUCUCAUAGUGGCGCUCUGGCUUUGUCGAUGGCAUCCUUUUUCUCGGGCAUCACAGCGACUGUCUGUAUUAAUGGCUGCAAUGGAAAUACUGUGAUUCCAUUACACUACAAGGAUAUUGUGAUGCCGGCACUGCGACCUGCCAUCUGGAAAAUUCGCCUGACAAGAUCUUGGAUUGUUGAUAUUCGUAAUGUCACGCCAGAUGCAAGUCUGAUGAAAAACAGAGCGUCUUUGAUUCCUAUAGAGCGUGCCAACUGCCACUUCCUGUUUGCCGUUUCGGAAGACGACCGCAACUGGAACAGCGCUUUUUUCGCCAGGCAGGCCGCUGAGAUUUUGAGGAGUCACGGCAAGGAAUCAUUUCAGGUGGUGUCUUAUCCUAAAGCCGGGCACUUUUUGGAGGUUCCUCACACGCCAUUUUGCCCGUCUUCCUUCCAUGCGGCAGUCGGACGUGCUGUGGUGUUUGGUGGGGAGCCAAAAGCCCACUCGGAGGCUCAGCUGGACCUGUGGGAGCGAGUCCAAGAGUUCUUUAAGAGACACUUGAACAACACCAGCACUUCAUAAGUGUGUUCCAGACAGACCCAUUUAGAAAUCUCAAAACAUGAGGAACACCCCUCAGCAUAACCCACUAUGAUUAACCAAAACCAGAUUAAAUUAAUGUAAAGCAAUGAUCGUCUUCAUAACCACACUUAUUUCAGAAAUAGUUUGUGUUUUUGACAUUGAAUAACUCUUUAAUACGCUGUAGUGUCGGCUCUUAUUUAUCACUCACCAGUCAAACAGCUGUUCUGUACUCAGAGUUAGCCAAUCAGAUCACAGCAUCUUGAGACGUGGUGGCAAGCCAACUCAUAUGAUACACUUCCUUCUGUGGAGACUCCGCCUUUAUUUGUGUGUAUUUGAAGUCAUAAAAUCAAUAGUUGGCUGGAAUAUAGUGAGUUGAAGUGUGUGCUCACCUCCACACUUUACAGUAUAUGCGUCUAUUAUGAAUAUUGUUGUGCUUAAACAAGGUUAAUUACCCUUGCCAGCUCAACUUGAAUGCUAGCAUUCAUUUGAAUAGCACGUUUACUUGUACAAAUACCUCAUUUAUUUUGGUCCUUCAUAGACAAAUUGAUGAUAUUUUAGGCAGCUAAUUAAAAAUACAGCAGGACUUCGACAUUACCGCCUUAAGGUUGUACAAUCUGGAGGAAAAUAUGCCUCAAAAGUUGCACAAAAAAAGUUUGAUUUGCGUCGCAAACUUCAGCAAAUCUCACGGAACUUUGUCGUGAUUUAAAGAAAUGACUCCAAAAGUGUAUUUUGCCUUUUCUUUGGCUGUUUAAAAAUAAUAAUAAUAAUUAAUAAUUAAUUAAUAAAUGAUUGCUGUUUUGUGUUUGAAUUUGGUCCAUUAUUGCUAAAAAAAAAAAAAAAAAAAACAUACAUGAGCAAAUUGUACAUAUUCAAGGCCUAAGUUAAGCAUUUCCAAGUAUAAAAAUAGCCAAAUGAACGAAAAUACAAACAUAGGGCAUUCAAAAGAUGUGAUAUGAAAUGUAAUGCGGUAUCUGUGACUUGUGUGCGCCUUUAAGAAGCAGGUCCUGGGAUGUAACGUGUGUGAUGUCAGCUGGCUAUAGUUGACUGUUAGCUGAAUGCUAGCAGCAGGCUAGCAGUGUAUAGAGAUGGGAUUUAUGGCUCUCUGAGAGGAGCCAGAUUUUGGUGACCUGUUCCUUUCAAAGAGCCGUUCAAAAAACUGGCUCAUUUUUAUAUUUAUUAAGUUUCCAGAAGCCAGCCUGGCCUUAACUCGUUUUUGUCUUGGAAAUAAUCACUGGGAGUUUGAAAUAUUGAUUAUAAACCUAUUUGACGUGUGGGUUAAAUUAAGGCUCAUCUGCAUACAUUGUAAAUAUUCCACAGGGUGGCGCCAUAUCACUCUGCUUUGACAGUGACGUCACUAUUUUGAAUAACCCUUUGUACAAAUUCUGUGUGUGUGUAAACCAUGACUUGAACACGUAUAAACAUAAAAAAACAAAGCAGGCUACAAUGAAUUUCCAUGCAAAACAGCUUUUAGGGCAAAGAUUUCCACAUAAGAAUAUUGUUAAUAAUAAAGAACAACAAAACUACACUCUGACUGACUCUCCUCCUCCUCGAGGAAGGGGCCAUUUAUGUGUUUCUGUGU